AUGGGUAACACACUCAACAACCUAGUCGAAGACUCACUGGUUAUUAUGCCGGUCCGCAACGCUACCGGCCCCAACGCACUAACAUACAACCCCGCGACGGGCAAGAUUACAUACUCGACAUUGGGUGAGGCUACUAAAGAAAAUAUCCAGGUGUAUGAGCGAGACGUCGAGGCAAUCCUACAGGGCCUGGUGGUCAAAGAGUUAAACUACACGAACAAGAACAAGUACACACAGCCCCGCCCAGAGACGCUUAAACUUCCUAUUUUGUUUGAGGAGUGGGUAGAGGCGAACCAUCCACCGAAACCAGAGAUAUUGGAGGGCAAAGGUUUAUAUGACGGGGGUGACGGACCUGUAGGUUGUGAUGGUAUGGGGUUGGAGGAAUUGUACGCCGAGUAUGUUGAGCGGCAGAGUAUUGUACGAUACGAGGUCGUGAACAAAGAGGAGACGCAUGUGGGACUGAUUGCUGAAGAUGUGCAGGCCAUUGCACUGGAGCUCGUGUAUGAUGACCCGGAAUAG